GACAUGGCCGCGGCGCCAGGAGGGUCUGCGCCGCCCGCCGGCCCCGGCCCACGCCUGGCUUUCAGCACCGCGGACAGCGGCGUCGGCAUGAGCGGGCUGAACCCAGGUCCCGUGCCCAUGAAGGACCACGACGCCAUCAAGCUCUUCGUGGGGCAGAUCCCGCGGGGUUUGGACGAGCAGGACCUCAAGCCACUGUUCGAGGAGUUCGGCCGCAUCUACGAGCUGACGGUGCUGAAGGACCGGCUCACCGGCCUCCACAAAGGCUGUGCCUUCCUUACCUACUGCGCCCGGGACUCUGCUCUUAAGGCUCAGAGUGCACUACACGAACAGAAGACCCUGCCAGGGAUGAAUCGUCCAAUCCAAGUGAAGCCAGCUGCCAGUGAAGGCCGAGGAGAGGACCGGAAGCUGUUUGUGGGGAUGUUGGGCAAGCAGCAGGGUGAGGAGGACGUCAGACGCCUGUUCCAGCCCUUCGGCCAUAUCGAGGAGUGCACUGUCCUACGGAGUCCUGAUGGUACCAGUAAAGGCUGUGCCUUUGUGAAGUUCGGGAGUCAAGGCGAAGCUCAAGCCGCCAUCCAGGGCCUGCACGGCAGCAGGACUAUGACGGGCGCCUCUUCCAGUCUGGUGGUGAAGCUGGCGGACACAGACCGGGAGCGUGCGCUGCGGCGGAUGCAGCAGAUGGCUGGCCAACUGGGGACCUUCCACCCUGCACCGCUGCCACUCGGGGCCUGUGGCGCCUACACCACGGCGAUCCUGCAGCACCAGGCAGCGCUGCUAGCGGCGGCGCAGGGUCCUGGGCUUGGCCAGGUGGCCGCGGUGGCCGCACAGAUGCAGCACGUGGCCGCCUUCAGCCUAGUGGCUGCACCACUGUUGCCUGCCGCAGCCAACUCCUCACCCGGUGGUGGUGGCCCUGGAGCACUGCCCGGCCUUCCAGCGCCCAUGGGGGUCAAUGGAUUCGGUUCUUUGACUGCCCAGACCAACGGGCAGCCAGGCUCCGACUCGCUCUACAACAACGGGCUUUCUCCCUACCCAGCCCAGAACCCUGGCAUGGCUGACUCCCUGCAGCAGGCCUACGCCGGGAUGCACCAUUACACAGCAGCCUAUCAGUCGGCCUAUGGCCCAGUGAGCACAGCUUUUCCCCAGCAGCCUUCAGCCUUGCCCCAGCAACAAAGAGAAGGCCCCGAAGGCUGUAACCUCUUCAUCUAUCACCUGCCUCAGGAGUUUGGUGAUGCAGAACUCAUACAGACAUUCCUGCCCUUCGGAGCUGUUGUCUCUGCCAAAGUUUUUGUGGAUCGAGCCACCAACCAGAGCAAGUGUUUUGGGUUUGUUAGUUUUGACAAUCCAACCAGUGCCCAGACUGCUAUCCAGGCCAUGAAUGGCUUUCAAAUUGGCAUGAAGAGGCUCAAGGUCCAGCUAAAGAGACCUAAGGAUGCCAACCGGCCUUACUGAUCUGCUCUCACUGACCAGCCACAGAAAGCAGAAACUGAAGAAUGAGAAGAAAGGAAAAAGAAAAGCACAGAAAUGCUGGAGUGGCCCUUCCCAAAGGAGCAGCUGCAGAUGAAGGUGGAUCGGACCCGAGGCUGGCGCCUGGGGCUCAGGCCACUCAUUAAGUGGGUUGUUCCACGGAGCACUCAGGCUGGCUGACCAUCAACUGUCUAAAGGAACCAGCAGAGGGUCUCGGGGGUGCCAAGGGCUUCUCAGCGAGGGAAGCCCAGACUUACUUUGUUCAAAAUCAUAUCAUUCCUUAGCAUUUAGGGACCAAAGGACUAUUGUUUUUUUAAGAAUAUAUAUAUCUAUAUAAAUUAAAACAAAGAAAAAAACCACAAGAGAGACAAAAAAAUCAGUAGAGAGUCUCAUAAAAGCUGCCUUUAAAUAUCCCUAGGAGACAGGGUGAAGGGAGACCCUUAAUAGCCCCAGCCUAGGCAGAGGAGGCUGUGGAAAGAUUGUCCUGUGUCUCAUUCCUUCUUAAGCCACUCCUCCACCCUGCCCUUUUUUAAAUGAAAAGGCUGUGAGGUCUAGGCUCAUAUUCAGGCAACAAGAGGGUUAUGGAAGUGAACCCACAAUUCCCAAACCCAGAGAACAUUCCUGAAGAGAUCUCAGGAGGAACUCAGGCCUGCUCUGACCAUUACUAUCCACAGAGGCCCUUGGCCUGCAGGAGUGGAAACCUGCCUUUCCUUCUUGACAGCCUUUCCUGUGGAGCCAUUGCCCUCCCCAAGGCAGGAAGAAAGAGGGAGCCUUUUCCUUCCCAGUCCAGAUAGACAGAGGCCUUGCCUAUGGCUGAGCCAAGACACCUCCUGUUUCCCCUCCCCUUGUACCUGCCCCAGUGUCCCCUUGCUCCAGGCUACCUUCUGUCUCUUAGUCUAAGUUUGCCCAUCUGUAAAGUAUAUUCAAGAUAUAUGUAGAGGGCUGUGACAACAGACUUGGAAGGUUUGCUGCUGUAUAUACUUGCCAUUGAGAAGGGAAUAAUUUUCACUAUGUAGAAGCUUCAGAAUUAGAGGUCCCUCUUUACCCAGGACCUGGGAGAGAAGUAGAUGUUUUGCCAAAAUACUUCUUCAUUCCUUUAAAAAGUACAUCUUUCCUAUGCAAGAGUGUCUCAUAUGUGCUUAUCCAAGGUGCUUCUAGAUGGUGAGCAGUGUUCAGCUUAGAAGUGGUGUGUGCUCUGUCUGUCUGUCCUUGUCUGUCCUUGUAUACAGUGGGUGCCAUAUAAAGCUGAUCAAUGGUGGUGCUUCCUGCCUGCUUCUGUGAGAUGGGCAAAAGAUUCAGCUAAGAACACCAUAACUCACCUUGCCUUGGUCAGUCUUUCCUGGGCCUGCAAGGCCCUUGCACAUGUUUUUCCAAGGGGGAUAAUUUAUCCUCAACCCCUAAGUCAUGAGUCAACCUAAUCUUGAGGCCCAAUAAUGUUGGUUGGGGAGCACUCUGGUCCCCAGAUACUACUGACACUGGAGGCCUCUUACAUAGUAUCACUCAGAUAGUAAAAGAUGCGGGGGUGGAGGGUUCUUCCUUCACAACAGUUUCUAAGAAAACUUGUUCCCACUUG